CCACGAAAUAGCGCUGGGGAGAACGAGCGCUGCGUAUCUCUGGCAAGCGGCGCCCGCAUUGUUUCUCGGAGUACCGACCGCGGUCAAUGGCUGGUUCUGCACGGAUCCCCAAUGACAAGAAAACAGGUGGGAAGGCAGCGCCUCCUCAUUUCCUGUUCCAGCUGGCUGCAGCCCUGGACAACCCCACCAUCAAGUCACUGGAGUGGCAUGAAGAUGGGAAAGGGAUUCUUCUCCAUGCCAAGUUGUUUGAGGAAGAGAUCCAGAGGCACCAAGAGCUGUUUACAGAACUCAGGCAUCUGAAAUCCGUUCCUGUGCUCCAGGCCUGGCUAGCAACCUAUGGCUUUAAAGCAAGAAUGAUGAAAACCGAUUCUGAAAUGCUUGUUUUCCAACAUGCCGAUUUCAAGAAGCUCUCUCCAAGGGUGGAGGAGACAGAGGGCCCCAAAACUGAAGGUUCUCUCGUGCCCAAACAGUCCAAGAAAUCCAAGAAAAGGAAAAGCACACUAGAUAUCACUGUGGUCCCAGCUGCUAGCACAGCAGGCACAUUGCUUCCAGAGCCUACAGGUGUAGAGAGAAAGUCACAGCGUCUGCGUCCCUUAUACCAAUAUAUCAACUAUGAUAACCCAGAGAUGAACAGCCCCUCAGACAAACAGUGUGACCUGCCUCUGCUGGAAGUGCAUUCUGCUCUAGAGAAUAAGACAGGCCCAUUGGAAGCAAGAAUAACUCCACUCAAAGGUAACAGGUUGGGAACAAAAAAGGGAGCUUCACAUGCUCCUUCUUCACAAAUCCAAUACCACAACAAGGGCUGGAGUAGAACAAUGGGUUCAGCUGAACUUGGAGCUGAGAGACCAAUGAAACAGGUGAACCUGCUAUUUUAUGUGAUGUCCAGAACUCCCUGUUUAUUUUUAGUCAAAGAAUUCCAAGAGCUUCCAUUGUGGGCUCAGAAAGCCACUGGUCCGCUAUCACACUGCUUCUGCAUACCUGUUCAUGGGACAGGACAAUGACUCUUAUUGACUAUUUUUUUGUUGCAGAAGACAAAGGAAAAGAGCUGAGAAUUCCGACAAAUGCCACUUCGGGAGCUGCAGCAAAGGCUGAAGUAGACAAGUCUACUCAGGUGGACAUUGAUAAGAUGCU